AUGUCGUUCCCACAGACCACUCCGGUGCGACCAGUUCCAGGCGCUUUUCUGAACACUCCGGCCGUUACCUCGAGGUUCCAGUCGGGCCCUGAUCCCGUGCGCCGCCAGCUGUUCCAGACAGCUGAGAACAGCCAGUCUGGCUCGACAUCGAGAACUGCCGCACCGACAUCGACAUCUCGAGCCGUCACCACGACAGCACCUACUUCGAGGACACCUACGAGCGAGAGUCUCGUGGCGCCGACCGCGCUGCCACCUCCGCGAUCCGAGAAUGUUCCUCCCGUCGUCAAGGCAGCCAAGGCCAUCAACACCUUCCUCCAGGCCGAUGGCCGGUUCCCAGACCUGGAUUCAUAUUGCAGACAGGGCGCGUCCUCUGAGUAUGACCUUGAAACUACAGAAUCCCCCAUGGCCCCCUUCCACAAGACGCAGAUGUACCCCAUCCCGAACCAAGUCUUCGAUCACUACAACACUGGCGAGCUCCAAACUUUGAUGGGUCUUUUUGCAGAGAUAAACCAUGCUUGGGUUGUUAUUGACAACUCUCUGUUCCUCUGGGACUACACCCAUCCCGACCCUGAGCUGAUCGGCUUCGAGGACCAACCGCACACGAUUCACGCUGUUGCGCUCGUGCCACCCAAGCCAGGUAUCUUUGUUGCGACGAUCACGCAUAUUCUGGUUGUUGCUACGUCUUCGGAAAUCACCCUUCUUGGUGUGUCCGCGACCGACACCCCUGCUGGAACCAAGGCGGUUUCCUUGUACCAGACCAAGAUGCAGCUCCCGCUCCGUGGCACCGAUGUUAGGGUCAUCAAGGGAGCCGCGAACGGCCGAAUCUUCUUUGGAGGAAGCAAUGACAUCGACAUCAACGAGUUGUACUACCAGUCUGAGGAGAAGUGGUUCUCAAAUCGCUGCGGCAAGAUUAACCACACGAAUCCUGGCUGGUCUUCAGUUGUCACUCUGCAAGGAGGCUUCUGGUCACACAAGACCCCCGAGCACCUCAAGGACAUCGUUAUUGACGACUCGAGAAACCUCGUUUAUACCCUUUCGAGCCGAUCGACGAUUCGAACAUAUCACAUGGAGGCCCCCGACCGUCUUAACAAGGUGAUCGAGAAGGAGAAGGUGCACUGUCUUCGCGACAUUGCGCACAUGAUCAGCCAGUCCAUGUUGUUGAAUGAUCGAUCAAGUAUUGUCUCGAUCAGCCCGAUCUCUAAGCAAGAGGCAUCGAAGCUUCACUUGAUGGCUCUGACUAACACCGGCUGCCGUCUAUUCUUCAGUGCCACCAGCGCAGCAUCCUACCUCUAUGGCUCCCAGUCAAACAUGGCCCCUCAGAGCAUGCAGGUUCAGUUCAUCAAGUUCCCUCCCAGCCAAAACCCUCGCCGGUCUGGUUAUCCUGGAGGCGAGACGAUAACCGAUUUAGAAUCAGCCAUGCUGACCGAAAGCCGACAAGGUGCCCGAUUUGCGCCCGGAUACUUUUUGGAUUUCGUCAGUAGGGGCUCCAAUCCGAACGAGGAUACCCUCUUCGUGUCUGGCCCCGAGACUGGUCGUAUUAAGGACACGCCCCCGACAGCUCCGUUGAAGUACUACGAAAGCGCAAGUUGGAUCGACAUUGGAAGCCGGGCGGAGGCCGUUGGCCUGAUUACGAAGCCCUUCUCGGCAGCGCCACAGCCCCUUGGAUUUGGCAACGAAUUGGCUGUCCAGUUUGAUGAGGCGCCCAGCGAGUUUGCGGUGCUCACCAACACAGGUGUGCACAUUAUUCGACGAAGGCGAUUCGUGGAUAUUUUUGCUUCAGCGAUCAGGGGCGCCGUGGGAGAUGAAGGCUAUGAGCAGGUCUGCCGCCGGUUUAUUCAGCUGUACGGUCGCGUCGAGACUGUUUCAACUGCCCUGGCUGUGGCCUGCGGUCAUGGUGGCGAUUCUCGACCAGGCGCUGCGCGUGCCAUUGAUCAGGCAACAGAGGACCGGGCGAGAUCUGUCUUUGUUGACUUUGGUGGACAGCCUACCAUUACCGAAACCGACGGCACAUCUCUGACUACCGACUCUGUCAGACUCUCUUCCCGACACGACGCCCUGGCCCUGUAUCUCUCCCGCUUGAUCCGCCAGCUCUGGAAGUCCGUUGUCAUCACACCCGGCACUUCUGCUACUGGUGGUGUUACCAUCAGCUCUACUAUCCCUCUCCCUAAGUUGAGCGCGGUCCAGGAGAACCUCGAGCGGCUUCGACGAUUCCUCGAUUCCAACCGGGGUCUCAUUCAGGGCUUGUCAGGCCCGUCCGAUCUGCAGCAUGUCUCUAGCCGUCAAGAAGAAGUUGCCCUGCAGGCUGAGCACCAGGCUCUGCACGCUCUGCAGAAGCUGAUGGAGAGUAUCUCUGAGGGUAUCUCUUUCGUGCUGAUGCUCUUUGACGAGCGAGUUGCCGAUAUCUACACCCGUCUUGACGCCACGGCUCAACAACAGCUCAAGGACCUUACUUAUGAGAAGCUUUUCUCGCAAACCGACGGCAAGGACCUCGCCAAGCUUCUGGUUAAGGCUAUUGUUAACCGCAACAUCGAGAGCGGCUCAAACGUUGAAACUGUCGCCGACGCCCUGCGAAGGAGAUGCGGUAGCUUCUGUAGUCCAGAUGAUGUUGUGAUCUUCAAGGCACAGGAACAACUCAAGCGAGCUUCUGACCAACCCCCGAACACAAACCAAUCGCGAAGCCUUCUCCACGAGAGCUUGAGGCUCUUUGAGAGGGUGGCCGGCAGCCUCACCUUUGCCAAUCUUCAGACCGCGGUCACACAGUACAUUGAGCUCAAGUAUUACGCCGGGGCGAUCCAGCUGUGCCUGGUUGUGGCCCGGGAGAAGGACAGGGGUAACACGGCUCUGUCAUGGGUCAACGAUGGAAAGCCAGCAGGAGACCCUCGAGCUGAUGCCUUCAACGACCGUAAGCGUUGCUAUGAUAUGAUUCAUGACGCCCUGAGUCACCUCGACGCUGCUUCAAGCAGUGAGCCCGAGAUGGUUGAUGGCAGGCUGACAUUGAUUGCCACGAAGCGACUUGAGGCCUACGAUGUGGUGAAUGGGUCUGAUGACGAGGUGUUCCACUUUGACCUCUAUGAGUGGUACAUUCAACAAGGCUGGACCGACCGUAUCCUGGCCAUCGAUUCGCCUCACGUUAUCACCUUCCUCCAGCGUCUUGCUGGAACUAAUGUCGAGCAUGCUGACCUGCUCUGCCGAUUCUACACGAACCGUAGCAGGUUCUUUGAUGCCGCCGAGGUUCAGGCUGAGCUCGCCAACUCUGAUUUCCCCAUUGGCAUCAAGGACCGUAUCCGACUGCUCAGUCUGGCCAAGGCCAACGCUAACGUCGCUACUACCGGUGUUAGCCGACAGCAACAGCAGUUGCUCAACCAUAGCGUGACCGAGUUGCUGGAGAUUGCGCAUAUUCAAGACGACCUGCUUGAGCGCCUCAAGGCAGAUGAGAGAAUCGAUGAUGAGCGGAAACUGGAGAUUGAGGACGCUCUGAAGGGCAAGAUUCAGGGACUCUCUGAGCUGUUCAACGACUAUGCCGACCAGGCCGGUUACUAUGACCUUUGCCUUCUUAUCUACCAUGUUGCCGACUACCGCAACCACAUGACCAUCUCGGGUACCUGGAGCAACCUGAUCCAGCAGACACACGACGAGGUCAUGUCGCGCCUGGAGAACUCGGAGCCUGGGAUGCCCUCGCCUCCUAUGCCUUACGAGUCGGUGACCAGCAAGAUCCAGAACAUUGCCCAUCGCACAUCCCUCGACAGCUUCAUCUUCCCCAUCCAAGACCUCCUCCCCGAACUCUGCCGCUACGCAGUGGCACACCAACAAGAUGCUACGAUUGGUGCUGAUCCUAGUUGGCCUGUCCAAUUAUUCCUCACCUUGGGUGUGUCUCACGACAUGAUUGUUCGGGUUCUGGAGGUCGUCUUCGACAGCCAGGACUAUGGCUUUAGCGGAUCAGUUCGCAACCGUAUGAUUGAGCUGAUUGUUUACGUGGUCAACGACUGGCUCGCCGAGGUACGCCGACGAGGAGGUGCAGGCAAGGGUGGUGCUAUUGGCCAGUCGGUUGCGGAUCUCCUCAAGCGAUGCGACGAUGCGCUGCCGCCGCCUGGGCAUGGUAACAAUGCUGGCGGAGCAGACCUCGCCGAUGUCAGGCGUGUGCUCAAGGCUCUCAAGAGAGAGGUGGAUGGACUGUCGCAACGUGUGCCGACUGGAAGCCUCAGGUUUGCAUAG